AUGGAGAAUGAUAAGUUAUGGAGUAUAAAUAAACAAAUUAUUGAUCCAAUUGUACCUAGAUUCAUGGCUGUAGAUCAAGCUGAGGCAGUAGAAUUUAUUAUAGAAGGAGGACCAUCAACUGUUGAAUUAAAAGAGAGACAAUUACAUCAAAAAAACCCUAAUUUAGGGUUUGCUAAUCUUUAUUUAUAUAAUAAAAUAUUAAUUGAGGGAGAUGAUGCUAAAUUAUGCGAAGAAGGAGAAGAAUUAACAAAAUUAAUUCUUCGUGAAUAUGAUCAUUUAUUAACAGAAGAUAAAAUAGAUGAGGAGAACGAAGAAUCAUUUAAAUUAGCAAUAAAUAAAAAUACAUUAUUUAAUACAUAUGCAAUUGGUGACCCUAAUCUACAAAAUCUACAUAUUGGGGAUAAAAUGCAAUUAGAGAGAAGAGGAUACUUUAUCUUAGAUAAAAUAGAAGGAGAUGUUCGUGUCUUAAUUAAGAUACCGGAUGGUAAGACAAAGGCUAUGUCUGUUAUUAGCAGCAAAGUAGAUGCUGCUGCAUUAGUAGGAGGAAAAAAGAAACAUUAA